AUGGCACCAGCAAACGUCUCGCAUAAGCCUCCAUCUCUCCUAGGCCCCAAAACCCAUCUCGUUUUCUUCACGUUAUGCGAGAUUCUGGUGUAUUUUGACAGAGGCCUCAUUGCUGGUUUGAACCUCUACUUGAAGAAUUCGCUCGAUCUCACUGACUUCCAAGUUGGGCUUCUCGGUGGUAUGUUCAUUUUGGGCUACGUUGUGGCCUCUCCCCUGUUCGCGAUUCUCGGCCAAUUGUCGGGCGUGUGGACGAUUCGUUCGAUCUGCAUCGGCCUUAUGGUCUGGGUCAUAGCGAACCUCCUCACUGGAGUGGUACCGACCUCAUUCGGUUUCAUUGUGGCUUGUCGUACAUUAACUGGCGUUGGAGAGGCCGCCUUCUGUGCUUUAGCUCCCCCUAUUAUUGACGAUGCCGCGCCCCCGGGGAGGGGCUCUACUUAUCUCGGUCUGUAUUUUAUGGCCCUUUAUGUCGGUCAAGCCCUCGGUUACGUUGGCUCCGGUUUUUUCUCCACGUGGGAGGCCGGACAAUAUGGUUUUCUGGGCGAGGCCUUAUUGAUGAUCAUCCUCAUCGUCCUUGCCUUUAUUUGGCAGAAUCGUUUCAAAGUCCCCGCGAAAGAGGCAACAGAAUACAAAGUCGGGAAUCUUUUGAAGCAAUUCGUCGUCUUGGGCAGUAACCCUACCUAUAUGACAUUAAUUCUUGGUUAUUCAGCUUUUAUGUUUGCUGUUGGUGGUUUUGCCUACUGGGGUCCUGCAUCUAUUGUAGUGAUCUGGAAGGCUUCCCAAACAGUGGGCAGUAUGGGUUUUGGUGCCGUCACUGUGGUAUGUGGUAUUUUCGGCACUCUACUUGGUGGGUAUGCUCUUGAUGUAGCUUGCCGUAAGCUUGCUGGCCGUAGGUCUCGUACCAACGUCUCGUGUAUUCUGGCAUUCGUCCUUGUCGCUGCCGCUGUUCCUUUUGCUGCUUCGGCCGGAUGGAGUAAUUCCAUUUACUUGUUUUUCGUCCUCAUGUUUGUCACAGAAUUCCUACUUUUUUCGUCUACGGCGCCGACCAACGUUGCCAUUAUGGAGGCAGUACCGACUAACUUACGUGGUCAGGCUUUGGCAAUAUCAAUUGGUGUGAGUCAUAUUCUCGGAGAUUUCCCCAGUCCCAUUUUAAUGGGUAUCUGGAACGAUCAUAUUGGUUACCGAUGGUCCCUUUGUAUCUGUGGACUGUGGUUACUGAUAUCUGUCGUCCUAUGGCUUGCUGCUAGCGUGUUCAGUCGAAAAUACAACGACUCUAUCCCAUCUGAUAGUGGGCUUAAAGCUGAACUGUCAUCCCCGAGAUCGGCGUCGUCGUCGUCUCAAGUUGUUGAUGUUAUCAGCCCUUGAAGCUGGAGAAAAGCUUUAUGGCUUCCUUGAGUCUUAUGGAGUAUAUUUCCAUUUCGGUUCGUUGUCGUAGUAGUAUCGGUGUAUAGUAGUUUUCCAUGGUAAGAGGCUACUAGAACGUAUUGGUUUUAAGUGUAGUAUAUACAUUCGUAUUGACACCCUUCUUUCCCUUC